AUGGGCCAAGAUAUUAUCUCCACACGUACGGCACAGCGUUGGUUCAAUCGGUUCGACAAUGGGGACUUUGAGUUGGACGAUUCACCUCGCUCUGGAAGACCGACCGAAAUAGAUUUGGACCAAUUAAAACAACUUAUUGAAGACGAUCCUCGGUUGACAACACGCUGCGUAGCAAAGCAGCUCGGAUGCUUCCAUACCACGAUCGAAACACAUUUGAACGAAUUGGGAAAGACGUGGAAAUAUGAUGUUUGUAUGGAUUUACUGACAUCUCAUCGUAACUACGAAUGGCUGCGCAAUCUCAUUACUGGUGAUGAGAAGUGGGUGCUGUAUGUUAAUCAUACGCGCAAGCGUCAAUGGCUUGGCGUCGGCCAAACUGGUACAGCAACACCGAAAAACGAUCUCCAUCCGAAGAAAGUGAUGUUGAGUGUCUGGUGGGGCGUUAAAAGAAUCAUUCAUUGGGAGCUGCUACCGGUUGGAUGUACCGUCACCGCCGAUCUCGACGGUGAGCAACUGGAUCGUGUUGCACAAAAACUUAAGGGUAAACAAGAUCGGGUUUAUUUUUUACACGAUAACGCAAGGCCCCAUGUUGCAAAGUCGACGCGCAAAAAAUUAUUGGAGCUAGGAUGGGUUACCAUUCCCCAUCCACCUUACUCUCCGGACUUGGCUCCUAGUGACUAUCACUUGUUUCGAUCCUUCUCCAAUCACCUGCGUGAGAAAAAGUUCGAUGACGAAAGCGAACUCAAAACGGACUUGGUGGACUUUUUCAGCCAGAAGUCUUCGCACUUUUACGAACGCAGGAUCUUUUCUCUACCGGAGCGUUGACGACAGGUGGUAGAUAGCGAUGGAGCAUAUAUCAUCGAAAACUAGUUAGAUGUUUGAAAGAAAAAAAAUAAAAAUAAAAAUUCGAAAAAAACGACAGAACUUUCUUGCCAACCUGAUACAUGUAGUACAAAACGGCGAAAAUAAGAGAAGGCAGAUUCCUUGGUGGUAACCAAGAAGCUAUGGUAUCUUUCGUGUGGAAACAUUUUCACCUCUAAUGCGAAUGCUAAACAGAUUUGCCUUUAGAAGUUUUCUCCACUAGAAUUAUAAUAUGAUUUAUUUCACUGGACAAAUAGCAGUUCUGAUGAUAAUGAUGAGGAAAUGUUAACAACUACAAAAACAACUUAUUGUAGUAUACCACUUUAUGAUUUAAUAAAUUCGAAUUUAGAAAGUUCAUAUUUUAGAAUAUAAACGGAUGAUGCUAUUAAAUGUUAACAUAAUGAAACCUUUUACUGUUUUUUAACGGAUAAAAUAAUCGUUUAACAUUUGAUUUGCUAUUAAAGAGUAAUAGAAGCAACUAAAUGAGAAUAAAAGCAGUACUUAUUUCAUCUGUUUGUAUUUUGUUUCUAUUCAGCCGUCAUAAAUAAACAGAAGUGUAUUAUACAUUUACUAACAUGUCUACUUAGUUAGUAACGUUCAUAUAUUGACAGAUCCAUCAGAGAAAGCUCUUUUUCAAAAUUUCGAGAAGGCUCUGAGUGGCUUCACGGAAAUCUGAAGUACUCCGAAGUGCCGUGGAAUCUACUCGAAUCUGCGUUUUCCCGCUUGCUUUUUUCUCUCCCGUUCCAUCCGGUGAUGAAAUCACUUUAAUAGUGAGAUGUUAAUGUACACAGAUAUCAAAAACAUUUAUUUAUUAAGAAGAAUGAAGAAGAAAAAGCAUGACGAGUUACUUGAUUUUCUUCUUGGAAAAGUGACUACGAGCGUUUCUCGAAAACACGAAAGUAUUUUUUGAUAAAAUACGUUUUACUUGAACAAAGGUGACGUUUUAUCAUCGCUCCUAUCAUUAUCGAUUCUACUAUGUCCUUCAGUAUCUUUAGUCUCCAAAAUGACGGAUUUGUACUAAGACAGACCACGCUUGUCAAAAAAAGUCUGACUGCGCCGAGUGAUAAAUCCACAAACGAUGUUCACACACCAUGUUCACCACAGUUGACACAGUAAUCUUUGACAACACAGGUCCUAACUGAUCAAACGUACCUAUGAACUUUCCAAGCUUGGAUGUCCUUACAUUCUUGGAUUAUAAAGGGUGGCCCAGAAGUCCUGACUCGAUUUGUAUAAUAAUUUUUCUAAAGUAAAACACAUGUUUAUAAAUUUCUCUCUACGAUGAAAAGACGCAGUAAAACACGCUCUACAAAACGGCUUUUGAUUGAUCCCGCUAGCUCACAUAGUAAGAAAGUUAUAGACUUAGAAAUGUGCUUCACAAAAAAGAAAAAUUAACCAUGAACUCUCUUCGUAUGAUGGUGCUUCCAGUGAAAGUCUCGUAACUCCAUCAAAACAAAAGAUUUUUAGAUCGGGUUUGUUCUGUUUUGAUCAGAAAUGAUUGCUCUUCUCUACCUAACUGCAAAAUCAAACUUCGAUCACGUUUUCUAUUUCUUGCUUG